CAAAAUGCAACGGGUUCGUGUCCCUUGCUUCUGGUUCUAUGGCUACACCUUUUCUCUCCAGCGUCGAUGGCUUCACCUCUACCAGUGGCCUCGACAGUCCCGUCACUCCCGGUGGCGUCGGUUCUGAUGGCCUUCCUUUGUCCAAGCGGUCCACAGCCCUGACCGCAAAACUCACCAGUGUCCUCUCAGCCUCCUACGCCGACUACGAGACUCGCGAUGCGCUGCGACUCCUCGACGAGCGAAGCGUCCGGAAUGACGAGGAGACGAGGAGGAACCUGAAGGCCAAUGCCCAGAAGGAGGUGAUAGACUGCAAUGCUCAGAUCGUGGAUGAUUUCGGUGUGGUUGCAGAGCAACUCAAGCGUGUUGGGGCCUUGCUCGCGACCCUCAACACCACCUGCGACUCAAUGCGCACCCAUAUCCUCGCGGCGAAACAAGAGUCGGCGCCGACGCUCGAAGAAUUCUCUACACUCAUGACGCGCAAACGGGAUACCGAGAUGAAGGAGUCCCUCUUGACUGCGUUCACCGACCACUUCCUCAUCUCCGACCAAGAUCUGAACAUCCUGACCAGUUCCGCGGAACCGCUCGACGAACGCUUCUUCACGAUCCUGGCGAGAUGCAAACAAAUCCACAAGGACUGCGAGUUUCUGUUGGGAUACAACGCCUCCCCUUCGGGCGAGGAGGAAGCCUCCUCCCGCCUGGGCUUGGAACUGCUCGAACAGACGACCCGCAACCUGGAUGCGGCGUUCAAAAAGCUCUACAACUGGAUCCAACGCGAAUUCAAGACGCUUGACCUCGAAGACCCCAACAUCAGCGGCUCAAUCCGCCGCGCGUUGAGGGUCCUCAGUGAGAGGCCGAGCUUGUUCCAGAAUUGUCUGGACUUCUUCGCCGAGGCGAGACGGGCUACGCUGGCGGAGGCGUUUCAGGAAGCUUUGACGGGCUCCGGCCAUGGAGGGGCUGGGACGAAGGCGAUUGAAUUCUCGACGCAUGAGCCAUUACGGUAUAUAGGCGAUAUGCUUGCGUGGGUGCAUUCUGCCGCUGUGUCGGAAAAGGAAGCUCUCGAAGGGCUUUUCGUGUCGGAUGCGGAAGAGAUUUCGCGGGGUCUCAGCGCUGGGAAGACCACCGAGCCAUGGGCGCGAAUCCAAAGUGGACGACGCAGAAGCUUGUCAUCUGCAUCCAGCACAGAUGCGGAGAAAAAAGAUGAUGAGCAACCAGUCUUCGAUGGCCGCAAAGCGCUGUCCGAACUCAUCUCGCGCAAUCUCUCCCUUGUGUGCCAAACCCUGCAGUCACGAAUCGACGUCGCGGUGCGAACCUCGGACGAUCCCGUCCUCAUGUUCAAGACCUUCAACCUCCUCGACUUCUACCGCGGAAUCUUCUCAAAACUGCUCGGCCAGGAUUCCUCUCUUGCCUCGCUCAUCCAGACUCUCCAGUCUUCGACGCUGGCGCAGUUUGAACAGGCAAUGGAAGAAGAAACCGCGGCCGCGAUCGCAAGUAUGGACUCGGAGCCACCGCGCGAUCUCACGCCACCUGGGUUCCUGGCCACGGCCUUGACUCAGUUCCACGACGUGUGUCGGGCGAGGGGUCCGCAGAUGAGUGAGCCCGAACUUGAGCGACUUUUCGUCUCGACGCUGAGCGGGAUAUUGACCGCGUGCGCGGAAUCUGCAACCAAUAUCGCCGACGUGCGGAGCGGGAGCAUCUACAAGAUCAACUACCUGACCGCGCUGAAAGCGACUCUGGCAAACGUGUCGGUGCACGUCCCCUCAGCUCGGAUCCCGCUAGAGAAGGCGGCCAGAGAGAUUCAGAUAGUGAGAGAUCAGCUGGUAGAAUUUGUCACGUCGACAUUCCUCGAGUUUUCUGGCGUGGCGGAGCUCAUGCAGGAGAUCGAUUCACGCCGGAGUCAAGGUUCGAAGGCGAGGAGGGAGUGGCUGGUCCAGAACCUCGACGAAGCGGCACAGCGACUGGACGCGUUCCUCUCGUCAGCGCUCAUGGACGCGCAGGAGGCCAUGAAAAAUCUGUUCGAUCGCACAUUGGCCCAGGAUGUCGUCGCCGAGGCAGUGGACAGGUUCUGCUCCGAGUACGACGACUUGGAGGGCAUGUUGGAGACAAUCGAUGCCGAGGUUUCCGCGCCAGUGGAGGAGAGCGAUGGCGACGAUGACGGGAGGGCUGAGGACGAAAGGGACCACAGUGCCAAUGGUCUAACUGGGUCAGUGAGAGCAUCGUAUCCCAGGACUGGCGCGGAAGUACGCGCCCUCCUGAGCUGAGUCUCGAGCGACUUAUUUGUGCCUGAUUAUUUAGCGAGUUAGAAGACGAAUGGUGGUCCUCGUGCAUUGUCUCUUCAUCCGUCCUCUAUGUUAGGGAUUGAAUGAGAUGCUUUCUCGAUCUUGUUGGAAUCCGAAUCUCGUCCAGUCGAGCGAAGAUGGUCAUGUCAAAAAUGAAACUUAGAAUUAUGCCCUCUUCCAGGACCGUAAAGAGUGUUCAUAGAGGAAAUUGCAG